UAUAGCAAUCGACGGAAACGAAAGGCAUUUCUUAAAUAUUAUUAAUUUUAAUUGAAACAAAGAGGUAAUUGUUUGUAAAUAUUUAUAAAAUGUCACGCAAGGAGGCACUGUCACAGUUUAUCAAUCAAAUACACGGUCGUCCCGUGGCCGUAAAGCUAAACAACGGCGUGGAUUACAGAGGCGUUUUGGCCUGUUUGGAUGGCUACAUGAACAUCGCGCUGGACCAGACCGAGGAGUACGUCAACGGGCAGCUGAAGAACAAAUACGGCGACGCCUUCAUCCGCGGCAACAACGUGCUCUACAUCUCCACACAGAAACGCCGCGUGUAAAACUAAUUUACUUAGAUUUAUUUCAUAAAUACACUACACUUUUUAUAACUCA